GAAGGCUUCUGCCUCGUUCUGUCUUCCCCACCUUCUUCCUUCUAUCUAUUAUGUCGCCGCUCUUCAAGGCAUGGUCGUUGAUAUUGGUCCUGGCAGCAGCAGUGCUUGGACCCAGAGGUGCAUUUGCCCAGACGUCCACUGUAGUAUGCCUGUCCUCUUAUGGUUGGAUGAACAACAGCCUCCAACAGAACCCUUGUGUGGUCGCUUCCUACCUUGAGAGUGUCUGCAAUGGUGGAGAUUUUUCAAUCAGUCCUUUACCUCCCGACACCCAUUAUGCAGCUCCCACGGUAGCUGAAGCCAACCCUUGCGAAUGUAGUACGGUGGUCUACUCGCUGGUUAGCGCUUGCGGUGCUUGCCAGAACGCCACGUAUUUGACCUGGUCUUCUUGGAACUACAAUUGUUCCUCGGUAUACAACCAACAAUUUCCGGAUAGCAUUCCGUCUGGCACCGCGGUUCCAAAUUGGGCAUAUCUGGACGUGACCGCUUCGGGAUUCAGCCUUGCCGCAGCGCAAGCCGACGGAGAUACCCCGGAAUCUACCGCAACAAAAGUGCAAUCUACUGCUACAGUUGCUAAUCCGAGCAGCGUGUCUGCUUCUUUGACCGGUUCUUCGGGCGCGGCCACAGGAUCUCCGACCACAUCAUCGACUAAAUCGACAAGUUCAAACGCUGGAGCUAUAGCUGGGGGUGUUGUUGGUGGAGUUGUAGGAGCUGCAGCCAUCAUAGGUCUUGUGACCUGGUUCAUUGUCAAACGCCGUCGCUCUGCCACAGCGCCAUCGGCCGCUUUCAGCGACAUUGGCGGGGGUGCGGGAUACACUCAAAGUGUUUAUUCCCCUAACACUCAUUCAUUCCCAACGCAACCCCAAAUGACGCAACAACGUCUCUACGACCCAUCUGACCCGUCCACUUUCCCAGGUUCGCCUCCCACCCCCACUGUCCUGACCACCGCAUCUAGCAACAUAUACCAAAACCCAUCCAUACCGUCACAUGUGUUUUCCCAACAGUCGCGCCCAGGGCAGUACAGCGGUACUCCGGAGAUCUAAAUGCGAGCCUGAAGAUGAACGACCAUUGGAUAUGAUUCCCCCUCAUAAAUUGAUGACAUUGCACUAAUAUAUUCAUGUAACUCAGGACCAUUGUAACAUGAAAACGAAAGUAUCGUGUACUGAAACGAUCAUGCAUGGGGGCGAGCGGAAGCACUCGAUGUUUAGAUUCUUCGUUCUUUGCCAUGAGGGCAUCCUGCCAAGGAUCUAUCUAGAUUUCUAAUACCAGGAAGCUAUGGCACAAUCAUAUUGCAUCCUCCCUUCUGUCACGUCAGCAAUGUAUCAUAAUUGUUGCUGUUAGUCAUAGCGGUAACAGUGUCUAUAACUGAAGGUGAUGACUUGCGC